AUGUCGAACUGGAUCUCCUCUAAGCUCAAAGUCGCCGAGACUUUCUUCGAGCAGAUUGAUCAGCAAGCGGCCGACUCUCUCAAGAAGAACGAGGAGCAGCGAUUUGAGGACCAGAAGUUCGCGGUCCCGGCCAAAGCUGGCGGCGCUGUGCCUUUGAAGGUUCAGCUCAAGAAGAAGUCACCGGAGGCUCUUGCUAACGAUGAAUACUUAGGGAAACUGAGUGCUGAUUCUGGGGUUAGGAAGAGUUACAGUGGCAGCAAUGCAGAGAAGGAGGUUUCGAUUGCCCCAAACCCUAAGCCCGCUCUCACUGAUAGUGAUUGGACUGAGCUUCUCAAUAACCCUAAUCCACCUUCAACUACUUUGAACCGGAGUGGUCGAGGAUCUGGGAUUCGUGGUCCGAGGAAGGAUUUGAAGCGGCAGGUAAGCUAUGGUUCCAGUUCUGGAAUAGUGGAAGGGAAGAGAAAUCUCAAGGCCAGUGGCAAUGCGGAUAGAGGUCUCAACACUCAGAGGAGAUCGGAUCCUCUGUUGGGAAAUAAGCUUAUUAGUGCAAAGCGGAGUGAUGGGGAAGAAUCUAGCUCAUCUGCUAGGUCUUCAAAUGUUGAGUCACAUACUGAUGGGAAAGUCGUGGAUAAGCUAGAAGAGGACCAUAAGGAGAUAGUUGUGGAUGAGGUGGAUAACCGCAAGAGUGGCCAAGGCAAUGGGGAUGGCUGGCAGUUUCAAUCUGAUGAUAUUUCUGAUGCUAAGGUUUUGAGUGCAGGGGAAACGGAUCAUCACGUUGACGUGUCUCCGGCAUCGCAGAAUGUUGAUGAUGUACCUGACGCGAAGAAAGGAGCGAGUGAUGUUUAUGAUCGAAUAAGAAGUACAGUAAAGGGGAAACAGAGGUCUGGUGCUGCUUCUAAAAGUUCAGUCUCGAAUGAUCUGAAAAGAGGUUCUUACUCAUCAAGUGGUGGGGACUCUGAUUCAGAUAGUGAAUCCGGUUCCUCUACUGAUUCUGAGAGUGAGAGAGAAAGAGAGAGAAGGGAGAAAAUUUUGGCUGAAAAAGCAGCAGCAAGGGCUGCUGAGGCAGUUAAAGAGCGAGAGAAUUAUGUUGCUAGAUUGGAAGGAGAGAAACAUUAUUUGGAGAAAAUACUUGAAGAGCGAGCAAAACAAGCGGCUGAAGAGGCUUCAGAGCUGCAAACAAAUAUGAUGGAAACGAUGGAAGCUGCCGAUUUGGAGAAGCAGAAACAUAAUUAUACUAGAAUGGAAGCCCUUGCUCGAUUGGGUAAACUGGAGACUGAAAAUGCUGAUCUUGCAAAAUCUCUAGCCACUGUUCAGAAGAAUCUGGAGAUUGAGAGUAAUCGAGUGACAGAUCUACGACAAGAAGUUGAGUUGAAAGAAAUGUCAGUUGAAGAAUUCAAGAGGAAGAUUUCUGAGACGCAGCAGACUGGAAAACAUAUUAACCAAUUGGGCGCCUCAAAAGGUGUAGAAUUUGAGCGGGAAAUUCUUGAAGCUGAGUGCUCCUUUCUGGCUGACAAAAUUGGAAGACUGGAAGUCAAGGCAAAAGAGCUGGAGGCAGAUAUUGAAGUGACGAGAAAAGAUUUGGAAGAACCAACAGAAGUGGAGCUUGAACUAAAACGAAGGCUUGGGCAGUUGACUGACCAUUUGAUUCAGAAACAAGCUCAGGUGGAGGCGCUUUCUUCUGAGAAGGCAACUCUCCAGUUCAGAAUAGAGGCUGUGAUGAGAUCGCUGGACGAGAACAAGUCGACUACGAGCUCCAAGGAUUUGGAAUCAGGAUCAAGUACAUGGGGGGAGAGGGCGAGUGAGAGACGAAUGGCACUGGAGGAUAAACUUCGGUCCGGAAGGAAACACUUGGGUUCAUUGCUCGAGCAGCUCGACGCCAUCUUUGUCGCAGGUGCAGUAUUCCUGAGGAGGAACCCCAGCGCGAAGAUGUGGGCUGGGAUUUACCUGGUAGGCCUUCACUUCUGGGUCAUUUACAUACUGUCGUCGCACUCCGGUCCAGCUGAGGGAAGAUCCGGUGCUGUCGUUUCACUGGAGAAUAUUAAUAAUACUGGCGCUGUAUAG